GGCAGGCAAGCAGGCUGGUGGCAGGGCAGGUCAGCUUGUCCUCCCCCACGAAGGCGGGGGCACUGAGCCAGUGAGCCAACCCCCCAUCCCAGCAGCCUCAGCCGAGAAAGCUACCCCCUUGGAGCUCAGGAUCCUCCCCGCCCCCGCCCCAGCUGUCCCCGGCCAGUAAGACCUUGGAAGGCGCUGUGGGAGACCCACUCCCUGCACGUCACUUGGACAACCUCCUAGGCGGCUUAGCCUGCCUACUUACUUUGACCUUGACCUCCAACUCGAUCCUCAUCCCGUCCGCACCUCUUGCUUGUCACCUUGAUUCCCCAAGCCUCGACAGCACACAUAUAAGCCGUCCGUUCCCUUGGAUUUCUCAGCCGUGCUAUACACCAAACGCACACAAUUGCUUGCGCUCAUCACAGACAAGGUCAUUGAAUAUGGCAGACACUCAACCCGAGACCGGCCUCCCCCCCAACUGGGAGGUCCGCCACAGCAACUCAAAGAACCUGCCCUACUACUUCAACUCGAACGACCGCAACUCCCGCUGGGAGCCCCCACCAGGAACAGACACCGAGAAGCUCAAGGUCUACAUGGCCAAGUUCCACAGCCCCAAUACCGGCUCCGGCGCCGCUAACACCGGCGCCGGAGGGGCUGACUCCGGCAAGAUCAGGGCCGCCCACUUGCUUGUCAAGCAUAACCAGAGCCGGAGGCCAAUGAGCUGGAAAGAGUCAAACAUCACUCGCAGCAAAGAAGAAGCACAAAAGAUCAUCGAGGCCCACCAGGAGCGCAUCAAGAGCGGUGAGAUCUCCCUCGGCGACCUCGCAGUCACCGAGUCCGAUUGCAGCAGCGCACGUAAGAGGGGCGACCUGGGGUUUUUCGGCCGUGGCGACAUGCAGAAGGAGUUCGAGGACGCCGCGUUCGCGCUCCAGCCCGGUGACAUCUCCGGCGUCGUGGAUACGGCCAGCGGCCUGCACUUGAUUGAGCGCCUGGAGUAAAUAUUUUUGUGCUAUCUAGGACCGGGCACGGGGAAAAGGGCAUGGCGAAGAAUGGCGCCAUUUGGUGUCGGUGCAAGACGCUCAGCCGCAACGGCUUUUUACUUGAAUCUUGCAAAUUUACUGAGACCAUCCAUGGGCGAGGAGAACAGAGGGAAUGAAUGACCCCUCGGCCGAAGCUCCGUCAGCAGCAUCGAGUGUGACUAUGCAAACACCAAGACGAGUCGUACAUGUGCCGCACACAUUGGAAUUCCUCAUGGUGCUACGAUCGUGGUCGGCAACCUUCGUUGGCAGACCUGAUGUGCACCGUAAAUCUACCUACCGCCUGCCUCGACAUAUGAAAUACCCACUGCUCCCAAUAACCCAAAGCCCGUCAUGCGCCGCCAAAAUCAAUCACAGAUCUAUGUCUUCUAUGCAGGCAAGCAGGGUAUCUGGCCCAGUUUCAAAUAUGACAUCCCAUGCAAACCCAGCCGUCAUGCGUGCUUCGUUUCGUCUAUCCAGUUCAUCGUUUUCAUCAACACACAAUAGGAAAUCCCAGGUCUCUCCAACAUGAUUCAUAGCAAUCCCUUUCCGGAUCGCUCAUUUCCGUCCUGCUCAUGUCAUAACAUCAUCACCGCCUGCGCUUCUUCGCCGCCGACUGUCCUCACCAGCCACUCGGUCAAUGGGCCCCGGAUGGUGAACAAGACCGUGAACACCCCAAACAUGGUCAUCGACAGCGCAGAGUAUGGCGCAGCGCGGCUGUUUUGCUCGUACAGAUGGGCCGUCCCCAUAGCCGCGGCGUUGAUCCCAACGGUCACGCCGGCGGCCACGGUGGGCACGACGGACAAGGCGUCAGGGCUGACAUCUCCGUGCGCUUGUGCUUGGUCGUCGCUGUGUGUCGGCUGAGAAUCCAUGUUGGCGCCCGUGCUGUGGUCAUUGUUCUUCAACGUGACGCCGGUUGGUCCCCAUGGGGCUGCAUCGUCCUCGUCCUCCGGCCUCCGCUCGCCGAUGUGCGUCGCAUCGGAGCUGUACCUGACAUCUCGGUCACUGCUGGGCUGGGGCUCCUCGUCCCUUUGAACAAUGCCUGCAACCUCGCCGCGAACUGGAGUUGGUGCCAAUGAAUCCAGUUCAUGAUGCUCGUGGGCCCUGUCGUUCCAGACAAACCCGGUCCAGCCGUUAUGUAUGGGUGCUUCUUCGGAUCUCCCAGCCCCUGCGGCGAAAAUGUGGCCCGGUGCCAAGAACCCAGCAACAAGCUG